GACCGACAGCUCAUGGAAGAGCUCCGCGGCGGCGUGGACUUCGGAUGCGAGCCAGAUGACUGCAAUUCGGUCCUCUGCGUUGCGGAAAGGUUUUCCAUUACAGUUGCGUCCUGCCUUUAUGCCCCUGGCUGCCGCGACAUUCCCUGGUCAGCCCUGAGCAUGCCCUGGGAAAACUUGCUUCGGACCUCGUGGCCUCUUUUUGACUUGGUUGCGAACUGGUCACGUAUUCACCGAGAGACGACGAAGGUUAGAGCGGACAUGCGGCAGUUAUGUGGUGAGAAGAGUUUGCAUUAUCUGCACAAGUUCGACGGUGAGCUGCUUGACUGGCAGAUCUCGCGUCUGCACUCAACACCAAAGGUCCUCAAGCAAGCUGCCCAGUUGCUGGCAGCAGGUUUAUUGGACGAGGUGCAUCUCCAAGACUGGCCACGCAUGACGGAUCCAUGUGGACGACUUUUGUGGAGCACCUUGAUUGUCACUUUGGCGCUUGUGCGUGAUGGAGCUGCCAUAUCCACCGGAUAUGGCCUGAGAGUGUUGUGGCUCCAUGUCAUGCAUUCUUUCCUGGAGCUGGAAGGCAAUAAUGUGGGCUUGGAUCCAGAACGGGCGUCCAUGGAGUUGCUUGCCACAGGCCCAUGGAAUGUGCUGCAGUUUUUACCCGUCCUCGUGAGCAAGGAAAGGGCAAAGACCAUUGGCUUCCAGGUGCUCGACUCGAGUGACACAUCGCCGACGUGGCUCACUUCAGACCGUCCUGCUCCCUUUACGGCCAUGGAUGCCAAGGCCUCGCGGCGCUUGGAAGAGACGCUCCAGGUCGCGCAUGACCUCCUUUCUGCACUCGGGGUG